AUGGCCUCCCAAUUCCCCUCAUACAAAUACUUCAACCUCACCUUCCCGUGUGAAUAUGUUGCACACGUCGAGACCAACCGCCCCGACAAACUAAACUCCUACUUCGAGGAAAUGUGGCUCGAACUCCGCACCAUCUUCAACACUCUCAGUGAUUCCCCUGACGUCCGCGCCGUCGUGUUUUCUGGCGCUGGUGACCGCGCAUUCACAGCAGGAUUAGACGUCAAAGCCGCUGCUCAGGGGUUGCUAGGUCCUCAAGAUGGGAAAUCCAAAGAUCCGGCCAGGGUUGCCACACAGCUGAGACGACACAUCGACGAAUUCCAGGAUUGCAUCUCGAGUAUAGAACGAUGCGAAAAGCCCGUUAUAGUCGCCAUGCACGGCAUAUCGUACGGACUAGCAAUCGAUAUCAGCGUCGCAGCUGAUAUUCGGCUAUGCGCGAAAAACACUGCAUUCUCGGUGAAGGAAGUCGAUAUUGGUCUUGCGGCUGAUAUCGGCACCUUGACACGCUUGCCGAAAGUGGUGGGAAAUUACGGGUGGGUGAAAGAGGUCGCGCUUACGGCGAGGGUGUUUGGGGCCGAGGAGGCGCUCAAGGUUGGGUUUGUGAGUGGUGUGUAUGAGACGAAGCAAGACACUGUAGCCAAGGCAAUUGAGUUGGCGGGGUUGAUGGCUAGUAAGAGUCCGGUUGCGGUGCAGGGGACGAAGGAGUUGUUGAAUUAUUCGAGGGAUCAUUCGGUUAAGGAUGGACUACGGUAUACAGGUGUCUGGAAUAGUGCUGCUGUGCAGGCCAAGGAUGUUUCUGCCGCGGUGCUUUCGGGACUUGAAAAACGAAUCCCUACGUUUGAGAAGUUGUAA